AUGGGUGGUGAAGUUAAUGAAACAUAUAUAACCCUUGAAGGACAUGUAGAGUUGGACAAAUACAGGCAUAUUUUUUUUGCAGUCAUGCUAGCAGCGUAUGUUUGUAUUGUCGUCUCUAACCUGACCAUUGUGUAUCUCAUAUGGACGCACAGAAACCUCCAUGAGCCCAUGUACAUUUUCAUCGCCGCUUUGCUUCUGAACUCUCUUGUUUUCAGCACCAACAUCUAUCCAAAACUACUUUCGGAUUUUCUAUCUGAGAAACAGACUGUAUUGUAUUCAGCUUGUUAUUUUCAGUUUUUUCUCUUUUAUUCUCUUAGCGGCUCAGAGUUUUUACUGCUGGCAGCUAUGGCCUACGAUCGUUAUGUGUCUAUAUGUAAACCUUUACAAUACGCAACAAUAAUGGGGAGGAGCACGGUUAGUAUUUUCCUGAGUUUGGCUUGGCUGGUGCCUGCCAGUGUGACCGGUGUGCAGGUGGUACUCAGUUCCAACAUUAAACUGUGUACAUUGAAUUUGGAUGGGAUCUUGUGUAACAAUUCAAUUUACAAAAUGUACUGUGUAAGCUCAAAGGUGCACAUUGUGUUUGGGGCUCUCUCUGUGGCUUUCACUGCUAUUUUUCCCCUGAUUUUCAUAGUUUUUAGUUACACCAGAAUAUUGAUCAUAUCCUAUCGCAGCUGUAAAGAAGUCAGAAAGAAAGCUGCUCAGACCUGCUUGCCCCACUUGUUAGUGUUGAUCAGUUUCUCUUGUUUGUGUGCGUUUGAUGUCAUCAUAGUCCGACUGGGAUCUGACCUUACAAAGUUAAUACGUUUAAUAAUGACUUUACAGACAGUUUUGUAUCAUCCUCUAUUAAACCCAGUCAUAUACGGUUUAAAAAUGAAGGAAAUAUCUAAACAAUUGAAAAGGUUAUUUCAUCAAACUAAAGCUCAAUAG